AUGAGACUCAGAUACGCGCAGUCCCUCCUCAACCCCGUGGACGGGAUCCUCCGCGUCACGGCGGUGGCGUUCAGCCCCGAGACGGCCCACGACCGGGUGCCGCAGAAGCUGGCCGCAGCGACGACGGACCGCGUCGUCACGCUGUAUGAUGCCGAAGGUCAGAAGAGGGACAAGUUCAAGACGAAGCCCGCGAGCAAGGAUCCUGCGUCCAUGCAGCCCUACGUGGUGCGCGGCAUGGCCUUCAGCCCGGACGGCACGCGCCUGGCCGUCGCGCAGAGCGACAACAUCGUCUUCGUGUACCGGCUCGGGGAGGACUGGGGCGAGAAGAAGUCGAUCUGCAACCGCUUCGAGGUCUCCGCGCCCGUCACCUGCGUCGUGUGGCUCAAGACGCACCCUGAAGACAUCCUCUUUGGGUGCACCGAUGGCAAGGUGCGCGUGGGGUACCUGCGCACGAACAAGGCCGACACGGCGUACGCGCACAAGGCCGGGUCCGCGGUCGUCUCGCUCGUCGCCGACCGCGACGGCGUCGGCGUCGUCUCGGGGCACAACGACGGGACGCUGAUGCGGUACGCGCAGGCCGACGGCGUGCAGGCCGACGCCCGGCACACCUGCGCGCCGUUCGCGCUGGCCUGGGCCGAGCACAUCGUCGCCGCGGGCGCCGACGGCCACAUCACGAUGUACCGCGUGCCGGACCUGUCCGUCGUGAAGACGUUCGACCUGGCCAAGGUCGGCGCGGAGGGGCUGAGCCGCGACGUGACGUGCGCGGUGGCGAGCCCCGGCGGCGACUCGGUGGUCCUGGGCGGCUUCGACUGCCUGCGGGUGUUUGCGUACAACCGGCGCCGCGGCUGGGAGCUGUUCGAGGAGAAGCGCGUGGAGAACCUGUACACGGUGACGUCGCUCGCGUGGCGGCAGGACGGGUCGCGGCUGGCGGUGGGGACGCUGUGCGGGUGCGUGGACCUGUACGAGUCUUGCCUGCGGCGCGUGCGGUACGGGCAGCAGUUCGAGCUGCACUACAUCAGCAAGAGCCAGGUGAUCGUGCAAAACCUGGAGACGAGGACGCGGCUGAGCAUCCGGUCGGCGUACGGGUACGAGAUCGACGACAUGGGGAUCAAGAAGGGGCGGUUCGUGGUCGGGCGGACGUCGGAGAGCCUCCUCCUGGGGGACCUCGAGACCAAGAUGCUGUCGGAGGUCGCGUGGCCGGCGGGCACGGGCGAGGAGAAGUUCCUCACGGGCCAGGACGGCGUGUGCCUCAUCCUCUGCAACGGCGAGGUCACCGUCGUCGAGUACUCCAACAAUGAGCCCAUCGGGGCCGUGCGCACCGACUACUGCAAGAGCGCGCUGGUCUCCGUGCGCGUGCAGCCGCAGCGCGGCAUGACGCCCGCCGUCAAGCGCCUCGCCUACCUCGUCGACCUGCAGACCGUCCGCGUGCGCGACCUCAUCCAGGGCGUCGACAUCGCCGACGUGGCGCACGGCGAGCGCGUCGACUGGCUCGAGCUCAACCCGCGCGGGACGCACCUGCUGUUCCGCGACAAGCGCCGGCAGCUGAGCCUCCUGGACGUGGACUCCGGGCGCACGCGGUCCCUCCUGAACGUCUGCUCGUACGUGCAGUGGGUGCCCGAGAGCGACGUGAUUGUGGCGCAGAGCGGGGACAGCAUGGUGGUGUGGUACUCGUGCGCGGCGCCGGACCGGCAGGAGACGUACCCGAUCAAGGGCGACAUCACGGACAUCGAGCGCAACGCGGAGAACACGGUCGUGCUGGUCAAGGAGGGCCCCAACCAUGUGGAGUACACGCUCGACAACAUGAUGAUCGAGUUCGACUCCGCGGUGGAGGCGCGGGACUACUGGCGCGCGGUGGACAUUCUGCAGCGCAGCAGCGAGGCGGUGAACCCGCAGGUGCUCGAGCAGAACGAGGGCCGGUGGAACGUGCUGGCAGAGAGCUCGCUGGCGGCGGGGGAGCUCGGGGUGGCGGAGCUGGCGUGGGCGCGGCUGGGCGACCUCGCGCGGUCGCGGUUCGUGCAGAGCAUUCGCCUGGCGCGCGAGAAGUACGAGGCGCAGACGGCGUGCGACGGCCUGAGCCACCCGGUGGUGCGCGCGCGCCUCGAGGCGCUGCGGGGGGACUUCGACGGCGCGGAGAGCAUCCUGCUGCAGGCGGGGUGCGUGGACGACGCGGUGAAGAUGUACCGGACGGUCGCGCACAACGAGGAGGCGCUGCGCAUCGCGGAGCGGUUCGGCACCGAGAACGUCGAGUCGAUGCGCGGCGACGUCUACAACUGGCUCCUCGAGUCCGGCCAGGAGGACAAGGCCGCGGCCAUGUGCGAGCGCGACGGCGACCACCUCCAGGCCAUCAGCCUGUACCUCGCCGGCGGCCUCCCCGCGCGCGCCGCCCGCGUCGUCAUGAACCCGCGCCACGGCGGCGAGUCCGCCUUCGAGCCCGCGCUCCUCGAGCGCGUCUCCUCCGCGCUCCUCCGCGCCGGCCUCUUCUCCGUCGCCGGCGACUUUCUCGAAUGGCAGAGCCGCCUCGGGGAGGCCAAGGCCGCCUACCUGCAGGGGUACUGCUUCGAGAAGGCCGUCGACCUGUGCCGGCGGCACUUCCCCUCGGACACCAUGGACGUGGAGGACUCGUGGGGGGAGUGGCACGCCCAGAUGCGGCAGUGGGACGCGGCGGUGAACCAUUUCAUCGAGGCGGGGAACUUCGACCGGGCGAUCGACGCGGCGCUCGAGGCCAGGCAGUGGGUCAAGGCCGUGCAGAUCCUCGAGCAGCAGCGGCCGUCGCAGGAGGCCGCGGCGGCGGUGUACCGGCGCAUUGCCAAGGCGUACGAACAGAGCGGGAACCACGACGAGGCCGAGCAGUACUACGUCAAGGCCGACGCCGCCGCGGACGCGUGGGAGAUGUACGUGCGCGCGCGCAUGUGGGACCGCGCGUUCCGCGUCGCCUCCGGGUACCUCCUGGAGUCGGAGAUGCGGCUGCUGUACACGCGCAAGGCGCGCGACUUCGAGCAGCAGGCGCGGCUGCAGGACGCGGAGCGGCUGUACGUGGCCGUGAGCGAGUACGACCAGGCGAUCAGCAUGUUCAAGCGGCACGGGCGGUUCGACGACAUGAUCCGGUUGGUGUCGCGGCACCGGCGCGACCUGCUGUCGGACACGCACCUGCACCUGGCGCAGCAGCUCGAGGAGCAGGGGCGGCUGCGGGAGGCCGAGAAGCACUACGUCGAGGCGCAGGACUGGAAGAGCGCGGUGCACAUGUACCGGCGCGCGGAGCAGUGGGACGACGCGCUGCGCGUGGCCAAGACGUGCGCCGGGCCGAACGCGGCGCGCCAGGUGGCGUACGCGCGCGCGGUGACGCUCGGCGGGGAGGCCGGCGCGCAGUACCUCACCAAGCACGGCCUCGUCGAGCAGGCGCUGGACUACGCGAUGGAAAGCAGCAACUUUGCGCUGGCGUUCGAUCUGGCCAACCAAUCGAUGAAGGCGCGCCUGAAGGAGGUGCACCUGAAGUACGCGAUGUACCUCGAGGACGAGGGGCGGUUCGAGGAGGCCGAGGAGGAGUUCGUGAAGGCGGAGCGGCCGCGCGAGGCCAUCGACAUGCACAUCCACGCCGAGGACUUCGGCGCCGCGCUGCGCGUCGCGGAGAACCACGACGCCGCGUCGAUCCCCGACGUGCAGUGCGCGCACGCGAAGUCGCUCGCCGGCAAGGGCGAGUACGCCCGCGCGGAGGCCCUGUACCUCUCGGCGCGGCAGCCCGAGCUGGCGGCGCAGAUGUACCAGACGCGCAGCCUGUGGAACGAGGCGCUGCGCGUCGCGCAGCACUACCUCCCGGAGUACAAGACGAAGCAGAUCCGGCUCGCGAUGUCGGCGGCCAGCGGCGGGCAGAUGCCCGGCGGCGGCGCGGAGGGCGCGCUGGCGCGCGCGCAGGCGCUGGAGCGCGGCCGCGAGUGGACCGGCGCGAUCGAGGCGUACCUCGCGCUCGACACGUCCAAGCUCGGCGACCUCGACGCGCUGCAGGACUGCUGGGAGCGCGCGGUGGCGCUCGCGGAGAACCACGUGUCCGACAGGCUGCAGGACGCAGUCGACCGCGCGUCGGCGCAGCUGUGCGGCAUCGGGCGGCACGCGGCCGCCGCGGACGUGUGCCGGCGCGUGCACGACUGGACCGGCGCGAUCAAGGCGUUCGCGCAGGGGGGCAUGUGGGACGAGGCGCGCAGCCUCGCGAACGCGAACGGCAGCGCGGACCUGAAGCGGCUGGUGCAGCAGCAGUACGAGCGGCAGCUCGUGCAGGCCGGGGACGCGGACGGCCUCGCGAGCCAGGGCGCGACCACGGAGGCCCUCGACAUGAUGGUGCGGCGCGGCGAGUGGGAAAAGGUGCACGAAAUGGCCGCGAAGCUCAGCCCGGACACGGCCGCGGUGUACGUGCGGAAGCACGCGACGAUGCUGCUCGCGCAGCGGGACCCCGUGGGCGCGGCGCGCGUCCUGGACGCGUGCGGGCCGCCCGUGACGCCCGACCUGCUGCCGGUGUGCGUGGACGUGGCGCGGCAGGUCGUGGCGCUCCCGCGCGACCGCGAGGACGGCAGCAACGACGGGCACCUCGCGCGCGUCAUGCGGCGGCUCCACGCCGCGGUGCAGGCGUCGCCGUCGCUGCGCGGCGCGCCCGGCGCCAAGGACGUCGAGGCUCUCACGUGGACCGCGCACCUGCUCGCGAUGCGCCGCCGCGCGGUGCAGGAGGGCUGGGUCGAGACCGCGGCGCUGCAGUCCACCGCGCUGUGCCGCUACGUGCCCGCGAUUCCGGCCGACAAGGCCUUUUUCCUCGCCGGCGACGCGUGGCGCGCGGCGGGGCGCGAGAACAUGGCGUUCGUGUUCCUGAACAAGCUGCUCGACAUCUACGACGCGCGCGAGGAGCAGGCGUCCGGCGGGGACCCCGCGCUCGACAUGUCGGACAUGGUGGAGACGGAUUUGCCGCGCGUGUUUGAAUUGCCGGAAGACAGCUACCUGGACGACACGGAGCAGGAGGACGUGCGCGAGUGGGUGCUCGCGGUGUCGGUGCAGGCGCAGGUGGAGCAGGAGCUCUCGCAGCGGACGUGCACGGCGUGCGGCGCCGCGACGUUCGAGCAGGGCUUGCGGUGCCAUAACUGCUCGCACGUGUCGCAGCAGUGCUGCGUGACGGGCGGGCCCGUGCAGGACGUGGUGGAGUGCCGCGCGGACGGGCGGCACAAGGCGUCGCGCGACAGCUGGAACCAGUGGGUCGAGCGUUUCCAGGCCUGUCCUUGGUGCGGGAGUGCACAGGGGGCGAACUACUAG